AUGGAAACACAAGGUCAAAUAUCUGAUGAGAUAUCUCAAUCUGCCCUGACGAUGGCAAUUGAUGGGGGAUAUCUUAAUGCAGAAUUUAUUUCUAAUCUAGUUUCAAUUGCAGAAAACAAAAUCUAUUUAUCAGCAAAUGAUAGAGCUUAUUUAGAUGCUGUAGCUCAAGCGCAAGAUGUCGAAAUAGAAAAAAGAGAAAAGGCACUAAUGUUUAAUCAAAAAGAAGAAUAUGACGAUUUUCAAAUAACUCGCUUACAGCCAAAAAAGAGCAAAUGGCGAACAGAAAAUGCAAAUGAUCUUGAUGCUCGAAUUAAUCGCGUCAAGGCAUCAAAUAAUAAUAGAAAAUUUUCGGUAUUCUAA